UUGACAGACAGUGAGCAGUAACAGACUACAUCCACAGUCACAGACCAACACUUUUACACCAGGUUAUUUCCUUGUGUAAGAGGCGUUCACUGACUGUUACGAAAACAGUGCACGCGCCUUCACAGCUGUUGCACACACACCCAGAUGCAGCAGACCUUCAUAUCUUCAUGAGAAGCGUGACAGUGCUUGGAGGGGGGAUUGGGGGUUUGGCAGCAUCUUAUUACCUUGCUAAGAACCCACAAGUUACAAAGGUCAUUGUAUUGGAGAGCAGCAGUCGUUUUGGAGGCUGGUUGUGGUCCACCAGGAGGUCCGAUGGAGCAGUCUUUGAACAUGGACCCAGAGGGAUUCGACCUAGUGGGGCAGUGGGACGCAACACGCUCAAUAUGGUGGAUGAGCUGGGUCUUGCCGGGGAGAUUCUACCAGUCACAUACAGUCAUGUAGCCUCCAAGAACAGAUAUCUGUAUGUUAAAGGACAGUUGCACAGGAUGCCCUCAAGAAUAAGUGGGCUCCUGUGGACACUCCCGCCUUUCUCCCGUCCUCUCCUGUUUAAUGUUGUCAAGGAGAUGCUGGUAAAGAAAGGCAACAAAGAGGAUGAGACCAUGCAUUCAUUUGUUUCCAGGAGGUUAGGAAAGGAGUUGGCAGACAUUGCUGUGGACAGUUUUUGUCGUGGUGUUUUUGCUGGCGACUGUAGGAAGCUGAGUGUGCGCUCUUGUUUUCCUCCCCUCUUCAAUGCAGAGCAGCGUAGAGGGUCUCUGAUCCUCGGGAUGCUGCUGGGCUCAGGUCCUGGUCCUAUGGUCCCCCCUGGUCCUUUGGCUCAGAGGUCUGUUAAAGAGUCCUGGGCACAGUGGUCUCUGCGUAGGGGAGUGGAAUCCCUCCCUGAGGCCAUCGUUGAGCACCUUGGACAGAACAAAAGAGUGCAUCUUCACAGAGACACUCCUGUGAAACACGUCAGCCCAUCGGCCUCUGGUUGGACGAUCCAUUUGGAAGAUGGAGUCAUACACACUGACCACAUCGUCUCUGCACUGCCUGCAAAAACCCUGUCUUCAGCCUUGCCUGCUUCCUGUCAGCCGCUCAUCCAGCAGCUGCAGGACAUCUCCACGGUGACGGUUGCUGUGGUAAAUCUGGAGUAUGAAGGCUCCAUCCUGCCUGUAAUGGGUUUUGGUCACCUGGUUCCCUCUGCAGAGGAUCAGGGUUUACUUGGGAUCGUCUAUGAUUCUGUUCCAUUCCCUCAACACAACAGACCUGAUGGACACACAACUAGACUGACGGUGAUGAUGGGUGGGGCCUGGUUCCAGGAGGUUUUUGGGACCCCAGAGGAUGUGAAGGAGGUAGAUCUGUUAAACAGAGCCACAGAAGCGGUGCGAUGCCACCUUGGGGUCACAACAGAGCCCACAUGGAGUUGGGUGGGUUUACAUAAGGACUGCAUACCUCAAUAUUAUUUAGGACACUUUAAGAAAAUAGAAUCCAUGCGAGGCUUCAUAAAAGAGAAUAAUCUCCCGCUGUCACUGGUCGGGUCUUCCUAUGAUGGAGUAUCAGUCAAUGAUGUCAUCUUUCAUGGACGAACGGCCGUAGAGAAGCUGUUGGGAGCUGAAGUCUAAUGGAGCUGCUCAAAAACCUGACAUCCAUUUUCAGAACCGAACAACAUGAGUAAUUGUGGAUCUGAUGCUGCAUUGCAGACAUGAGCAAAAGAGCCAUACACCAUCAGCUAUUAAUGUUUUUUUUGUUUGUUUUUUUUCUACCCAUAAUGCCUCCUGCUCAUUUAUAAGCUCAAAUUUGGACUUGUUGAUUGUAAGUAAAUGUGCAUAGGUUUGGAGCAGCUGCUGACGGGUUGCUGUGAUGCUUUUAUCAGUGUAGUAUGACACAAAAACAUGUCAUGAUUUAUUAAGUUAAUUCAUUACUAGAUGAUAAGAAUAGUGUAGUAAGAUAAGGGUUGCUUUGGGCAUUUUUGGAAACCAACUAUGAGCCUCAAUUGGACCAGACUAAAGGAAUGAGAUGUGCAUCAGUGCCUGUGCCAAGUGUUUCCACUGGUGAAUCUGGUAACUUCAGCUGUGCCCUUUAGUAACAUGUACACUCUAAUGUCUGUAUGUGUCAGAAUAAUGUACACUAGAUUAUUUUGGAGGGCUUGUUUUAACACUUAAACAGCUGUGAAUGUAGACAAUCUGAAGUGUUAAUGAAGCUCAUUUAGUCUGGAUACAAGGUGUAGGACUUAAAGGGA